AUGAGCAGAGGAAGGAGAAAGGUCGUGUGUUCUUUCUGCCGCAAGCGGAAAAUCAAAUGUGACAUGGCCUCCCCAUGUCAGAAUUGCGUACGUUUUGGUCAAGAAGAUUGUGAUAUUGCCCUGGUUCCAGGUUGGACUCCAAAUAUGGCUGCUGCCAAUCGUGUGCUGAAGCCGCCACCUGAAGGCUCAGAUGUUGAAUUUUUGAAGCAACGACUUUCCUCGUUGGAAUCGCUUAUCUCUGGCAUUUCCGUUGCUCCAUCUGGGCCAACUCGGGUCAACAUCACGGGAAUGGCAAAUAUUACCCCAGGACACCCAGAUGCUGGCUUCAGUUUCUACAAGGAAGUCAAAACUGUUGAUUAUCUGGACACUGUGGGGAUGCGGCGCCCGGGCCUGUUGAGAUGGCUCGUUCCAGUAUCUCUUGAUGAACGCUUGUUCAGAUUGUGCCAGCAUGCCAUUCCACGAAAGAGGCUAGACCUGAUUCAGGAAGCUUCGAUGCGUCCUGAUGUUUUGGUCACAGGUCAGUUGUGUUCAGAGUCUGGUUGUGAUGGGGCGACAACAUCUGAGUUCAAAAGAGAAAACGGCUUGGCUGUUGAGAUCCAGAAGAUUCUUCCACAUAAGCGGGUGCUCUGGCAACUUUUUGACCGGUUUUUCCACAUUAUCUACCCUUUUGUUCCUAUUUUGGAUGAGCAGGAUUUCCGGACUGCCAUCACAGGAAUUGUGGGAAAAAGAUCUCUCUCGGAAGAACCUACCAUAGUCACAAUCUCCAAGGAGACAGACUUCGCUCUCAUGGGCAUUCUCUUGGUUGUACUUCGUAUGUCCCAUCUUUCACUAUUCAAUGUCAGAAACUAUGUUCGCAGCUUCUGCUUCUGCAACUCCCAUCUGGAAUUGGAAUAUUUGGCCCAGGUUGAGAUUCUGCCCACUUCGAUCAACAUUGCUGAGGAAUGCCUCAAAGAAUUUGAUCUUAUCAAGGAUGUCAAGUUAGAGGUGGUUCAAUUGGUGACGUUGCUUCGGACCUCGAUGAUGUUCAACCCAGGCAACGUCAACCCGGACAUCCAGAAUCUGACAUACCUGGCCAUCUUGAAUCUGUUGGCAUAUACACGAUGGCUACAUAGAGAUCCUAGGCAGGUUUUCAAUAUAGAGACGAUCAGUCUCCGGAAGACAGCGUUGCUACGCAAAAUAUGGUACACCAUCCUUCACCUUGACUUUUCCACGCUGGUGUUCUCUGGAAAUCUACCUACAAUUGGACCCGAUACCUACGACGUGGAACUUCCUGUCAGUCAAUCGAUUGCACUGAAUAUCGAGUAUACAAAACUUGAUGCUGCUGUGUGUGAAGAAUUCGCCAAAUUUGCCAAGUUGAGAGUUUUGCUUGCUGAAGCCCUAAAACUUCUGGGAAAAGUCAGUGGAGAAGUUCUGCUUCACGAAACAGAGAGAAUGACUGAGAUUCUCAAGGCUAAAGAAAUGGAGCUCUAUGACCAGGUGAUUCAAGAUUCCAGUUCACAGACCCACAACUUGGCAGAUAUGUUUCUUCGGGUUUCUGACUAUCACUCAUAUCUCAUGGUCUACUUCAUGUAUGUGGGAUUUUGCACCCAUUUACAUUAUUACUUUGUGAGAGAACACAAGAGCGACCUAGCCUUCAAGUACAGAAGUAAAAUAAUAUCUGUGAUGUGCAGCCACUUCCUUCCGUUCACCAUUAGACUUCUUGAUGAAGAAAGAACUCCAUUUGGCGCAAGUUCAGAUAUGUUCACCUCGGCCAUAAGCUGUCAUUGUGUGAUCCAGAGUGUUACCCUUAUUUGGUCCACCUACAUUGAUUUCAGGACUCAGAUGCACUAUAUUCAAACUCGCCCUGGACUUCUUUCACACCCAGUUUCGGGACCAGGGUACCAGAGUUUGUAUUCAGCAUUGAAUGAGGUCACUAACCUGCUUCAUGUGGUAAUCAAUGUCAUGUGCAAGGCACUUUCCGUGAUUCAGGAUAGACAUCGACUUUACAAUCGGAUUCUCAAAGUCCAUGAACUGAUUCUGAAAUUAGCCACGUCUACUAAGUACUAUGAGCAGCAUGCUGUACUCACCAUCGAAUUAUCAACAGUGACGGAUGUUGAAGAGAUCACCAGUUAUGUCAAUCAAUGUCUUGAGCAGGAUUAUGUGAACAAAUUAUCUCCGGAAAUUGUUCAAUUGAUGACGCCGUCUCCAUCGUCUACAACUUCCGUGCCAAAUAAUUCGUUUUCCCAGUUUGAGCCCAAUUUCAAUUUGCUCCUGUUUGAGGACCUUUUUGGAGUGUAA